AGUGUAGUCCCGAAAAUGAACAGCUCGGACGAGGAGAAGCAGCUGCAGCUCAUCACCAGUCUGAAGGAGCAACCUGUAGGCGAAUAUGAAGACCUUAGAGCAGAGAACCAGAAAACAAAGGAGAAGUGUGGCAAAAUUAGGCAAGAACGAGAUGAAGCUGUUAAAAAACUGGAAGAAUUUCAGAAAAUUUCUCACAUGGUUAUAGAGGAAGUUAAUUUCAUGCAAAACCAUCUUGAAAUAGAGAAGACUUGUCGAGAAAGUGCAUAAGCUUGUCGAGAAAGUGCAGAAGCUUUGGCAACAAAGCUAAAUAAAGAAAAUAAAACACUGAAGAGAAUCAGCAUGUUAUACAUGGCCAAGCUGGGACCAGAUGUAAUAAAGGAGGAGAUAAACAUUGAUGAUGAAGAUGCUACCACAGACCCAGAUGGUGCUGCUGAGACUUGUAUCUCAGUACAGUGUCAGAAGCAGAUCAAAGAACUUCGAGAUCAAAUUGUAUCUGUUCAGGAGGAAAAGAAGAUGUUAGCCCUUGAGCUGGAAAAUCUCAAGAGCAAACUGGUGGAAGUAAUUGAAGAAGUAAAUAAAGUUAAACAAGAGAAGGCUAUUUUACAUGCCGAAGUUCUUGAACAGAGAAAGGUUUUAGAAAAAUGCAACAGAGUGUCCAUUUUGGCAGUAGAGGAAUAUGAGGAGAUGCAAGUAAACCUGGAGCUGGAGAAGGACCUUCGAAAGAAAGCAGAGUCGUUUGCACAAGAGAUGUUCAUAGAACAAAACAAGCUAAAGAGACAAAGCCACCUUCUGCUACAGAGCACUGUCCCUGACCAGCAGCUUUUGAAAGCUUUAGAUGAAAAUGCAAAACUCAUCCAACAACUUGAAGAAGAGAGUAUUCAGCAUCAGCAAAAGGUCAGAGAAUUAGAGGAGCAACUAGAAAAUGAAGCAUUGCACAAAGAGAUACAUAACCUCAAACAGCAACUGGAGCUUUUAGAAGAAGAUAAGAAGGAACUGGAAUUGAAAUACCAGAAUUCUGAAGAGAAGGCCAGAAAUUUAAAGCAUUCUGUUGACGAGCUCCAGAAACGAGUGAACCAGUCUGAGAAUUCAGUACCUCCUCCACCUCCACCUCCACCACCUCUUCCGCCUCCACCUCCCAAUCCUAUCGGAUCCCUCAUGUCCAUGAUCCGGAAGCGAUCCCACCCCAGUGGCAGUGGUGCUAAAAAAGAAAAGGCAAUGCAACCAGAAACAACUGAGGAAGUCACAGAUCUAAAGAGGCAAGCUGUCGAAGAGAUGAUGGAUAGAAUUAAAAAGGGAGUUCAUCUUAGACCAGUUAAUCAGACAGCCAGACCGAAGGCAAAGCCAGAAUCUUCAAAGGGCUCUGAAAGUGCAGUGAAUGAACUAAAAGGAAUACUGGCCUCCCAGUAACAUUGGAUAUAGGAGAAAAUACAUUGGCAGUGAAAAUAAAGCUAAACCAAUUGUAGUUUUACAUCCUGUUUCCACACACGAACCCCAAACCAAAGACCAAGUAGCCGAGAAAGAUCCAGCUCAAUGCAAGCACGAUGAGGUGAAACUAAACCAGAAUUCAAAGAAGACAGCAUUGAAAAAAUGAGAGAGACAGACAGUUCCAGCUGCUGAUCCAUCAGCCAGAAGGCUGACAUGUUUGGAAGUCCUUUUCAAUAAGCACAUGAUUCAGUUUGGUGUAUUGUUAAGGGCUAUAGACAUUCCGUCUGGUCACUGUAUUCACAAUAUAGCUUCUUUUCUGGUGUCACUUUUGUAAGUAGCAACUAUAAGCAUAAAUAAGCUGUUUAGCAAAAUAUACACAUUCUAAGUA